UGUCAAAUAUUUCACUGCAGCUGUCAAAUUUUUGUUGUUUUGUGGCCAAUUGUACCUUUAAACUUCAACAGCGAGGUCACCAAACUAGACCAUUUCAGAACAAAGGGCCAGGAGGGGAAGAUAACAUUCCGGUUAUACCUUGUUCCGUGGCGCUGAUGACAUCUGUCAAAGAUAUAUGUCAAAAAAAUAUGGGAAAAAGUGUCCAACCAGUGAAAACGACGGCGUACGCGAUUAAUAAACAGAACCCGAUUGCGAACAACGGCCGGGAAUCGCGCGCCGCCCGCGCGUGCACUCACAUUUACCGUUCGAAAACUUUGACGUUGACAAUGAAACUGUAAACUGUAUGAUGGCACCAGUGAGAUGUUAGAGGUCCUGCAGAUGUUCUUGUUCCUGUUCAAGUCCAAGUACAGGCGAAAAUGCCACAGAUGGGACAUCGCCUUUAUCGUGGUCCUUGUGUUGUGCGUUUGUUGCUCACUGGUUAGGGCCAAGUGUCAGGACAACUGUAGUGGCAAUGGGGUGUGCAAGAAUGACACUUGUGUGUGCUAUGAUGGUUGGCAGGGGCCCCAGUGUCAACACUGUGGGGGGAAAAUCAGAUUGGGCACUUCAACAGGAACAAUCCACGACGGAUUGGGCAAUUACACGUUGGGUUUGAAGUGUAGUUGGCUGGUGGACGCUCCUAACUCGUCGAUCACCCUCCACAUUGAGGAGUUCGCGACCGAAUGCGGCUGGGAUCACCUCUACAUCUUCGACGGGGACAGCGUCGAAUCGCCUCUGCUGGCCGUCUUCAGCGGCCUCAUGUACAAGGACAGUUACAGCAUCCGUCGCAUUCCCGAAGUGGUGGCACACAGCGGCUCCGCCCUAGUCCACUUCUUCAGCGACGACGCGUACAACAUGUCCGGCUUCAAUAUCACCUACCGUCUCAACGCCUGUCCCUCAACGGUGUCCGGACAGAAUUGUUCGGGACGCGGGGCCUGCAUCGACGGCGUGUGUACCUGUGACGGCCUUUACGACGGCGCCGCCUGUCAACUGGAAAAAUGCCCCGGCGGCUGCGGUGCCGCCGAAGGACGAGGUCUCUGUACCCCGGAAAAGGGAUGCGAAUGCAUCGGAGAUUACAGAGGUGCCGACUGCGCCCAAACCAGAGACGGGGGCUACUGGGAAACGGUACAGCCCCGGGCCUUCGUCCCGCCUGGAUCUGCCUCUCACGGUGCUGCCGUUUGGAAGGAUUCGAUGUACGUGAUGGGCGGGGAGAGUUACAACAGGGGAUUUGUCCUUAAUGUCUACGAUUUUAAUGGAAACGUUUGGGAGACAAAGAACGUUCCGGUCGGACCCUCGCCCCGUUACGGACACUCGACAGUCAUCUACGGAGACAAGAUUUUCCUGUACGGCGGCGUACUGGGCAAUCGUGGACCGACUGCUGAAAUAUGGGCGUACGACAUCAGCGCCCUGACGUGGGAAAACAUCACGGUGAAGUCGGAGGUUUGCGGAGGUGUACCGCCCGUUUUGUGCGGUCCCUUGAAAUCGGCAGGUCACACGGCUACUGUUAUUAACUCAGCGAAUAUGAAGGACGAUCGCAUGGUUGUGAUUUUCGGACAUUCGCCGCAGCUUGGCUAUUUGAACACGGUUCAGGAAUAUAAUUUUGGAACUAGAGAGUGGCAUGUCAUCAACAAUACAACCGGAUAUCCAGUUAAAGGUGGUUAUGGACACACUGCCAGCUGGGACCCGCUAACAUCCAAGAUCUAUGUCUACGGAGGUAUCGUGUCUGAAAACGACGCCACUAGCGUCCUUAGUCGCAGUUUAUAUUCCUAUGAACCAAACAAAAGAAUAUGGACCUCUUUGGCUGACGCACCCUCAUCCCGUUUCCUUCACACAGCCACCUUUGUUUCACCCGGAUUAAUGUUGGUGUUCGGCGGCAACACACACAACGACACUCACCAAAAUUUCGGGUCCAAGUGUUACAGCUCCGAGUUGCUGGCUUACGAUGUUAAAUGUAACAGCUGGCAGGUGAUGCAAGUUCCCGACGACAUUCACGCCGAUCUUGCCAGGUUUGGUCACUCGGCCAGUGUUUUCGCCGGUUCGUUGUAUAUUUACGGCGGCUUCAACGGUCAAAUGUUGUCUGACAUGUUGAAAUACACACCCGGUGACUGCACAAGCAAAAAUUUCAACACUGAAAACCAGUGUCUGAACGCCAGACCCGGAGUAAAGUGUAUUUGGGACGUGCGAAACGCAUCCUGCACACCCAUACACAAACAACGCGACACCAAAGACACAUUCUCCGAACCCAACUAUCAAAUUUGCCCAAUACUCAACAGGUCGUCAAUUCAACAAAACAUCAUCCAAAACACGGACAAGUGCAGCAAGAUGGACGACUGCGUGAGCUGCGUACAAACGACCAGCAACUGCGUGUGGUGCGGCACCACCUGCACCUACCACUCCAAGUGCAAGAACAGCUCCGAGCCCGUCGCCACCACAAUGGAGAACUGUUCCGUGGAUUACGCGUCGAUCUGCAAACAGCUCCACUCUUGCACCGCCUGCACGUCGAAACCGUUCUGCCGGUGGCGUUUCGAACAGAACAAGUGCAUGCCCGCUCAUCCGGUGCAUCCGAACUCCACGCACGUCGAGUCGUCGGUGACGGACGCCAGCCAAUGUCAGAAAGUAUGUUCGGACUACACGUCCUGCACGAACUGCACGCAAGAGGAAUGCAUCUGGUGUCAGAACGAGGGCAGGUGCGUCGACAAGAACGCCUACACGUCCAGUUUCCCUUACGGGCAGUGCAGGGAGUGGACGACGGAGGGGGAGAAGUGCAGGACGAACGGGAGCAGAGAGAACUCGCAAUGUGGCUCCUAUCCGACUUGUGCUAAGUGCAGGGACGAUCCCGCUUGCGGAUGGUGCGACGACGGGUCGAAAACUGGACUGGGGACGUGCAUGCCCGGGGGAUACGCCGGACCCACGCUUCACAUUCAAUCUCUACCAUCGAGUACUUGCCCGCCGAAACGAUGGCACUUCACGAACUGCCCCCUGUGCCAGUGCAACGGACACUCGAAUUGUACGCAAGCAGGUGUGUGCCGUGAUUGUGCCGACCUGACCACAGGUCCCAAUUGCGAGAAGUGCCUACGAGGCUAUUGGGGUAACCCGGUGAACGGGGGGCGUUGUCAGCCCUGCGAAUGCAACAGUCAGGCCACCCAGUGCGAUCCCGAAACCGGGAAAUGCUACUGUACCACCAAAGGUCUGGUCGGAGACCAUUGCGAGAAAUGCGACACCGCCAACCACUAUCACUCCGAUCCCAUUAACAAGGAGUCCUGUUAUUAUGACCUUACAAUCGACUACCAGUUUACAUUUAACCUUUCGAAAAAGGAGGACCGCCACUACACGCAGAUUAACUUCAGGAAUUCGCCCAGCAAGGCGGACAUCGAUGUGGACUUUUCGAUCACCUGUUCCGUUCUGGCCAAGAUGAAUAUUACGAUUCGAAGAGGCAACUCGAAGGAGGAGAAGGCCAUUUAUCUGGACCACAACUGCACAACGUUCAAGGCCCGGUUUUCUAAGUCCGAGUAUAACUUCGGCAUCGAGGAUAACGUGACGUUGACGACGUUCUACGUCUAUGUUUAUGAUUUUCAGCCGCCACUCUGGAUACAGAUCUCGUUCUCGCAGUUCUCCAAGCUUAACUUACCGCAGUUUUUCAUAACGUUUUCAUCCUGUUUCCUGGCUUUGCUGGUGUGUGCGGCCAUUUCAUGGAAGAUCAAGCAACGCUUCGACAUGUACCGACGUCGUCAGCGUCUGUUCGUCGAGAUGGAACAGAUGGCGUCGCGUCCCUUCUCCCAAGUGCUGGUUGAGCUGGAGGUGAACGAGCUGCCCGAAUCCGAUAACCCGAUAUCGGUGGUGGAGGGUACGCGCAGGAACAAGAGAGACGCACCCAGUCCGAUAGCCCUGGAACCCUGUUACGGUAACCGUGCGGCAGUGCUUAGUCUGUUGGUCCGUCUGCCGACGGGCGGGGAACCGUACACCGCGAAGGGCCAGUCGGCCGGUCUGGCUAUAGCCAGCGCUCUGGUGACGCUCGGCAAUCCUCGCAAGAUGAGCAUAGAUCAGGUGAAAACGGACACGAAGACCGGUAAGUCGCGCAAGUCGCAGAGCCAGCAUCCGGACAGCUGUUUGUAAGUGUCGAGAGCGGUCGGAUUCGUGUGAUACCUGUACACGUCCACGAUGACGGUCUGCGCACGCGCGACGGACGCCGUCCACCUGAUACUUAUGAGUACCGUUUUAACUAGAUAUAAGGCCAUAGGUUAUAUUGAUUACACUGCGUAAGUCGAAUUGUGGAUGUGUCCGUCCGGGUUUCGCCCGACGGCGUCCGUCCACGGCGCAGAGUGUCCACCCGUUGCGGAUUGGAGUCAAAUCAAAAUGUAUAUUACGCUGUACAUAAUAAGAUUAAAAUGAUUAUUUAAGCAUAGAACAUGAUGAUUAAGGAUGCGCAUUGUUUCGGUGAUUUUUGACUGAACAUUUUAUUUGUAUAUAUUGAUUUUUUUACUUGUAACAACCUGGUUAUUAUAGACUUAGUGCUUAUUGAACGUAGUAGCAAAUUAAUCCUGGAUAAAUAUAGGAAUAAAGGACCUAAAUCUGAUGUAACUUGUGGUGAUUUUUGUCUCAGCUUGACCCAGUUUAACAUAUUGACAGGACAACGAGCUAGUCAAGUUUUAAAUGCUAAUAUUCGUAGAGCAUUCAAAACCCCUGGUAUUGGUAUCACACGAAAUCACAACGGGGCGUGACCACUAUCAUUUAUAUCUCUAUGUGUCGUAGUAGUACACUAAAAAUUGUGAUACAGUAAUUUCCAGAUAAUAAGUCAGCCAAGAAAAGAUUGUCCACACUAUAUAAUUCUAAUUUUUUACGUUAGUUAAUGUAAAAAUCGAUCUGAUUUAUUUCAAUUAUUUUAUACUUGUUAUCUUUUUCGUUACGAUUAGUUCUUUGUUUAAAACAGUUCAAUCAAACUCGUUAGAAACUAUGACAAGAUAAAGAGUAUAAGGAUUACUGAUAAUAAAAAAUGAAACAAAAUAAUUUCAGUUAGAUAAAUAUUGUCUAAGUAUUUUGUUUCAUUUUUUGUUGAUCAGAGCUCGUGUUUGUCGAAAAUGUUGAAUAGAUUAAUAAUUUUCGAAGUGUUAAGCAAUAUAACGAGAUUUAGCAAUAUUAAGCAAGCUCAUUCACUGUUUAAUUUUGUUUUUUCUCGUAGUACAUUUUAAGAUGCAAAUUUUAUUUUCAUAUUUUAUUAGUUGGAGUAUGCUUGUGAACUCUUGUAUAAUUUGUGAGACUGAAUAUUAUUUAUUCUUUUAUAUCAUGUUGGUUUUUAGUAGAUUAUUUUGGAAGGCCUGUUGCUGAUAUUAAACAUAAAGGAUUGUUUUUAAUGUUUAAACGUUUUUAAAUGAAUGUUUUUCCCUAGUGUCUGAAAUAUAUCGCUCCAGUUACAGCGUCGGACAUUUUUGCACGGAGAGCGCUAAAGUAGAUGUUUUUGUAAUUCCCAAAUACUCACAUUCCUGCAAAGUGUCCGUCUUAAAACUAAGUCCAAUAAUUUGUUUGGUAGUGGGAAGAUAAAUAAUUUUUAAUAAACGUACUGAUAUGGAUCACUAGUCCCUAACAUUAUGAUCCUGAUCUCAUAAAGUUGUUGUUAACAUAAUUUUUCUUUAAAUCUAUGUGUAACCCUGUACUUGCAAUUAACAAAGACAUCUCAUAAGACUUGUACGACUGUAACGAACAGAUUUAACACAAAGACGAGGUCUUUUUCAAAUUAGAGGUCUUUCACCCGAUAUUUUGAAGUUUAUUCUAUUCCUUUACUGCCAUGUACCUAUGUUCAUUAUUUCUAAAUGUAAAUAUAUCAUUAGUUUUA